AUGGCACUUAUGGAAGUGAAUGCCACUUACGAUGUUUUGAUACAUUGGGUGGGGGCAAGGAAAAAAGCACAAUUUUCUCAGUUCAGUGGGACUCAACCUCUCUCUCCAAAUUUUUCAUUUGGCAGAAAUUUGAGGAAGAAUCAACUUGGUGGUGUAAUCUUUGGAUGCAAGAACGCCACAAUCAAAGAAUGUCUGUCUAAACAACUCUUUGGAUUACCAGCUCCGCACUUCUCUUAUGUGAGGAAUAUUGAUCCAGGGUUGCCUCUGUUCUUGUUUAAUUAUACUGACAGGAAGCUUCAUGGAAUUUUUGAGGCGGCUAGCUGUGGGAGAAUGUUUAUAGACCCCUAUGGAUGGACUAUUGAUGGUUCAGAGAGAACACAAUAUCCUGCACAGGUCCAAAUUUGUGUUCGACUUCAGUGCCAGCCAGUGUCUGAAGAUAAAUUUAAAGAAUUAAUUGCAGACAACUACUACAUUCAUAAUCAUUUCUGGUUUGAGCUAGACCAUGGACAAACAAGCAAACUUAUUUCCUUACUAUCAACUGGAGCAAUUGUCUCUGGUAAUUCCGUCCCGCACAAUACACAGAAGUGGAUAACUGAAUCUCAACCACUUGCAUCAAAUGAGACUUGGAGCGAAGGUGAAAUAUCUAAAAUGCUUGAAUUAGAGACAGACCAGUCGACUCACUUAAGUACAAGAACAUAUUGGACUGAAAAGGAUUCUUCUUUAGAUGAACACGUCCAUCCAUUAGAUAAUAGUGAGGUCGAGAUGGAAGUAAAUGAGGAUGAGAAGAAAAGCAUAUUUCUGAAACUGAAGGAAUUAACUCUUAACUAUGAAAGUCAAGAGUUCUCUUUGGAAAACAUUGGGAAUGAUAAUCCUGAUGUGAAUAACCCAGAAAAAGGUUGUACGGAAGUGUCGAGUGGUUUAGAUAAGAAGGAAGAAAGUUCUGUUCCUCCGUUUGAGUAUCAAUACAACAUGGCUCAGGUGGUUGGUACAAGAGGUCAAAGAAUUGACAAGUUUCAAGAAAAUACAAACAGAGAAGAAUUCCUACCUGGAGCAGAAGCUGGUACUCUUUUCUAUACUGUAGAUUCUAGUGAGGCAGAAACAGAAAUUCAGCAUCUUAAAGAUCGUUGUACACUUUUAGAAUCUGCAUGUAAUAUCCCUAAUCGUUUGGAACAUGUUGAGAAGGCAGCAAUAAAGUUGACAGCUGAGAUGCAUUUUGAUCCCAAAGAUUCAUUAUUUUUAAUUGGAGGCUUUGAUGGAAAAUCAUGGUUAGCAAAUAUGGAUUUGUACUGCACUUCUCAGAGUGUCAUCAAAUCUCUAAAGCCUAUGAGCUCAGUUCGUUCGUAUGCUUCAGUUGUGCAGUUGAAUGGUGAAAUUUAUGUUUUUGGUGGUGGAAAUGGUUAUGUUUGGUAUGACACAGUUGAAUCAUACGAUCCUGUUCAUGACAACUGGACCAUGUAUCCCUCUUUGAACCAAAAGAAAGGAAGCUUGUCUGGUGCUGCUUUUAAUGGGAAAAUAUUUGCUGUCGGUGGUGGCAAUGGAGUUGACUGCUUUUCAGAUGUUGAGAUGCUUGAUUUAGAUAUUGGUCGGUGGAUCCCUACCCGCUCAAUGCUAGAUAAGAGAUUUGCUCUUGCUGCAGUGGAACUCAAUGGUGCAAUCUAUGCCACUGGCGGAUUUGAUGGAAAUGAUUACUUAAGGUCUGCUGAAAGAUUUGAUCCUAGGGAACAUUCUUGGACCAAAAUACCUAACAUGAAUGUAAAGCGGGGCUGCCAUUCAUUAGUUGUUCUAAAUGACAAAUUGUACGCACUUGGUGGCUUUGUUGGUGACAAAAUGGUUCAAAGUAUAGAAGUGUAUGAUCCUCGUCUUGGGGCAUGGACAAUGGGGGAACCAAUGAAUCAUCCUCGAGGGUAUUGUGCUGCUGUAGUUGUCAAGGAAUCCAUUUAUAUGAUUGGAGGAGUUAGGGUUGGGGAGAACAUUGUAGAUACAGUUGAGAAUUAUAAGGAAGGUCAGGGAUGGCAAGAAACUGGCACAACUGCAGCUGUUAAAAGGUGUUUCUUAUCAGCUGUUGCCUGCAGUCAUGAGUGA